UCAUAAAACGAAGAAGCUCUCAUAGUUGUACUUGUAACUUGUAAGCCAGUUCAGCUCACUUCAGCUUGAAGCUCUGAAUCACAAAAUCAAAAUCAAAAUCCCCAAACUUUUUGAGCUCUGAAUUCUCCUUCCAGAAAACGCUAGCGAAUAGAGAAGAAUGGAGGAACCUCAAAACGGCGCCGUAGGCUCUGCACCAGCAGAGACCGAAGAGGAGCCCAUAGUCGGGCCGGGUCCUGCCCCGCGCGCCCGACCCAAGCGACCCCUCCAGUUCGAGCAGGCCUAUCUCGACGCGCUUCCCUCCGCUAACAUGUAUGAGAAAAGUUACAUGCAUCGCGACGUGGUCACGCAUGUGGCUGUCUCUCCAGCAGAUUUCUUCAUCACUGGAAGCGCUGAUGGGCAUUUGAAGUUCUGGAAGAAAAAGCCUAUCGGUAUUGAGUUUGCAAAGCAUUUUAGAUCCCAUCUCGGUCCAAUUGAAGGAAUAGCUGUUAGCGUUGAUGGGUUGCUUUGUGGUACUAUUUCAAAUGAUCGUUCUGUGAAGAUAUAUGAUGUGGUCAACUAUGAUAUGAUGGUCAUGAUUGGCCUACAAUUUGUUCCUGGUGCCAUUGAAUGGGUCUACAAACAAGGUGAUGUCAAAGCGAGGGUUGCCAUUAGUGAUCGGAACUCCUCAUUUGUGCACAUAUAUGAUGCUAGAUCUGGUUCAAAUGAACCGAUCAUCUCCAAAGAGAUACAUUUGUGCCCGGUAAAAGUUAUGAAGUACAACCCUGUAUUUGAUGCUGUGAUAUCUGCUGAUGUGAAGGGAAUUAUUGAGUAUUGGAGCCCCGCUACACUUCAGUUCCCAGAAAAUGAGGUGAAUUUUAGAUUGAAAAGUGAUACAAAUCUCUUUGAAAUUGUGAAAUGCAAAACUUCUGUUUCUGCUAUUGAGGUGAGUCCAGAUGGUAAGCAAUUUGUGAUUACAUCACCUGAUCGUAGGAUAAGAGUUUUUUGGUUCAGAACAGGUAAACUAAGACGAGUUUAUGAUGAAUCCCUUGAGGUGGCACAAGAUCUUCAGAGAAGUGAUGCUCCCUUAUAUCGGUUGGAAGCUAUUGAUUUUGGGCGAAGAAUGGCUGUUGAGAAGGAAAUUGAGAAAACAGAAAGCGCACCACAACCAAAUGCAGUCUUUGAUGAAAGCUCUAAUUUUAUUAUAUACGCAGCCCUCCUUGGGAUAAAAGUAGUAAACUUGCACACCAAUAAAGUUGCCCGAAUUCUUGGAAAGGUGGAGAACAAUGAUAGAUUUUUGAGAAUUGCGCUAUAUCAAGGUGACCGAAGCAGUAAAAAAGUUAGAAAAAUUCCUGCAGCUGCAGCAAAUGUAAAUGAGAGCAAAGAGCCUUUGACGGAUCCCACUCUUCUAUGUUGUGCUUUCAAGAAGCACAGAAUAUAUCUUUUCAGUCAAAGAGAACCAGAGGAGCCUGAAGAUGCAACUAAGGGAAGAGAUGUGUUUAAUGAGAAGCCUCCUCCUGAUGAACUUUUAGCUGCGUCAGAUAUUGGAAAAUCUGUGACAACAUCUCUUCCUGACAAUGUGAUUAUGCAUACCACAAUGGGUGAUAUUCACAUGAGAUUGUACCCAGAGGAAUGUCCAAAAACUGUGGAGAACUUUACAACACACUGCCGGAAUGGCUACUAUGAUAAUCUCAUUUUUCACCGCGUCAUCAAAGGCUUCAUGGUACAGACAGGAGAUCCUUUGGGAGAUGGCACCGGAGGGCAAUCUAUUUGGGGCAGGGAGUUUGAGGAUGAGUUUCACAAGAGUUUACGACAUGACAGGCCUUUCACCGUGUCAAUGGCAAAUGCAGGCCCAAACACUAAUGGGUCUCAAUUCUUUAUCACCACAGUGGCUACUCCUUGGCUGGACAACAAGCAUACGGUUUUUGCUAGAGUUAUAAAGGGAAUGGAUGUUGUACAGGCUAUAGAGAAAGUGAAGACAGAUAAGGGUGAUAGGCCAUACCAAGAUGUGAAAAUUCUAAAUGUGACUGUUCCCAAGUCUUAAAGUAUCUCGUUUCUGGUGGUUGAUCUGUCGAGAUCUGGUUUGUGGUCCUCAUUAAUGUCCUUUGGCUGCAAAAGAUUGUCAGGUAUGCCGUGCUUGCAUGUGAAAGGAAAUCAAAGAGUAACAUUACUGAAUUUGUAGCCUUAGCUGAAAACGUCUUGCUGAACCUAUUUUGGGAUCUUGUCUAUGUACGAAUAGUUUCUCUUGUUAAAUUUUAGUUUUAGUUUUCUUUUUGAUAGGGAGUUAACCUGUAUUUGGAAUGUUAUCUUAAUGCUUCCUGAAUUUGGGAGGGAGGUUUUGCAUGAGAUAAACUUUUUCUUUUAUUAUCAUUUUACUUAAAAGAUAAUUGUAUGUUGCUAUUUGUAUAAUGUUUUAUUCAUUAAAAAAAUGGUAGAAGAAAGAUACAGUGGGUUAAAAUUCA